AUGUCGGAGUUGCAGCCGACUAUUGUUCUUGACGAUAGCGGCGACGCCACCCUAUUGGUCGGCACCGAUUCAGCUGGUCUUCAGCCGGUCCAGGUAUCUUCGACAGCCAUGACCUUGGCGAGCCCGGUAUGGAAAGCAAUGUUCGAGCGACACCGGAAAGAAAACGGCGCCAUUGAGGUGCCGCUCCGGGACGACGAAGUAGAUGCGUUGUACAUUGCACUUCGAAUCGCUCAUCUGCGCUUCCAUGAAAUACCACGGAAAGACGGCCUUACAAUCGAUGCCCUACUCGAGCUCGCUGUCGUGUGCGCCAGGUACGACAUUGUCAAGCUUGUUCGGCCGUUCCUGGAUCUCUACGGAUGGGCGCAAUGCCACUAUCCCGAUACGGACUCCGGAGAACGAUGCGAUCCCGGCUGGUUCUAUGUUGCCUGGACUUUUGGCUACAAGGACAGCUUUCAGCGCCUUACCCGAUUUACAGUGAAGAAGAUCGGGCUAGAUGACGACGGGAAUGCUAUCAUGGACGACGGCCAAAAGCUUCCAAAGUACAUGCCUCCGGGGCUUCUGGAGCGCAUGUUGCAGAUCAGGGAAGCUACACUUUCGGCUAUGUUGGAUGUCCUCUACGACAUUCUAGACGAUAUCAUACACGUGUAUGUCUGUCAAGUCGAUGAAUCAUGGGAGCCCAAGUGUCGAGCCAUGGUUCUAGGCUCCUUCAUCUCUUUCCUCUUGGAAAACGAUCUCUACCCAGCACGACGGAGAGCUUCUGAAACUCCCUUCAGCAUCCAAAAGCUGUACGAUCUCGCGCACUCUGCCCAGAUUUUGACUUUCGAAUCCCAUGACUAUACAGCCGUCGCGUUGCUGGUUUCCGCCGCGCCCGGCUUGGCUCAGUUCCCAGCGGAGCCCGCGGGUCUCAAAGUUUUAGAAUCGCGCUUUGGAGAUGGUGUGAAAAUCACCUUCAAAGAGAACUCGCUUUGCGAAACCACUCCCGGUGUUAAGUCCUACUCCGGCCACGUCUAUCUGCCUCCGGGAACCGCGGACUUGGGCCAAGGCCAGGAUUACCCGAUCAACACCUUCUUUUGGUUCUUUGAAGCUCGUGAGGAUCCGACGAAUGCGCCACUCACCAUCUGGCUUAAUGGCGGACCGGGUUCUUCAUCCAUGUAUGGUAUUCUCGAAGAGAACGGACCGUGUUAUGCGAACCCGGACUCCAACUCUACACGACCAGCGGAAUGGAGUUGGAACAGAGCCUCGAACAUGCUCUAUCUCGACCAGCCGGUACAAGUUGGCUUCUCGUAUGAUACCCUGCAGAACAUCACUCGCGACCUUGUUACCGGUGAGGUCACGCUUCUCAACGAGACCUCAACCGUGCCUGAGCAGAACACCACUUUGCUCACCGGAACUUUCCCCAGUCGCGAGCCAAACAACACCGCUUUUGGCAGUGUGAACGGAGCCGUAGCAGCAUGGGAGUUUGCGCAAGCUUGGUUCCAAGAAUUUCCCCACUACCUUCCAAAUGACACUCGCAUCAGUCUUGCAGCUCAAUCGUAUGGCGGACGCUACGGCCCCGCUAUGAUGUCCUUCUGGGAAGAGCAGAACCAGCGUAUUGAGAAUGGUACUCUUGGCGAAGAGGGUUAUAUUAUGCACCUUGAUACCCUGCUUCUCAUCUCAGGAUGCGUUGAUCGUUACGUGCAGUACCCUUACUACCCUCAGCAAGCAUUCCGUCAAAACGGAUAUGGCAUCGAGGCCGUCAACGAGACAACCUACAACGCCAUGGUUGAAGCAGUACCAGAAUGUCUCGAGCGCAUCCAGAACUGCCGCGAUGCGGCUAGACAAGACGACCCCGAGAAUCUGGGUAUCGAUGCCGGUGUGAACGAGAUUUGCGAAGACGCAGAAUCGUUCUGUCGCGCGGAAAUAGUCAGCCCGUACAACCAGUAUGCAGGCCGAGACUACUACGACAUCUCGACCCCGUCACCACCUCCAUUCCCACCCCCAUUCCAUGAAGGCUACUUGAACCGCGAAUGGGUACAAGCUGAACUCGGCGUACCACUAAACUGGACAGGCAAUUCACCUGAAGCCUCCUCCGCAUACCGCGACAUUGGUGACUACCCACGUGACAACUGGCUCGACGACCUUGGUUUCCUGCUCGACAACGGCAUCAAAGUCUCGCUCGUCUACGGAGAUCUAGACUUUGCCUGCCCCUGGGCUGGCGGUGAUGCCGUCGCCAAGGCAAUCAACUGGACUGGUUCAGCUGGGUAUGCCUCCGCACAAUACGCCGAGAUCCAGACCAACGACUCCUACGUCGGUGGCCUCGUUCGUCAAUACGGCAACUUGAGCUACAUCCGCACGUACCAAGCCGGUCACGCGAUUCCAGCGUACCAGCCAGAAACCGCCUUCAAGAUCUUCACGCGCGCGCUGUUCAAUCUCGACAUUGCUACUGGUACCGAAUCAACAUCUGGAACGGAUGAGAGCAGCACGUACAUGAGCACUGGCCGCCCAGACCCUGAUGUGCAAUUCGACGCCUUCACCAGCGACAGGCUGACAUACUGCUACACCUGGGAUCUUAGUUCUUGCACUGAGGAGUACGUCGAUGCGGUUCUGGAUGGCUCGGCGGAGAUUUGCCAGUACCUUGUUGUCGAUGCGAAUACUACUGCAUUGUUCCCGGAGGUUAUUGCAAAGUGCCGCGCGGAAAGUGGCGGUAAUGGUACUAUGCCUGGUGGGCAUAGUAACAACACGCUGCCCGAGUUCGAAGGGGCUGCUGCGAGCGUAACAGGAAGUGCGUGGGCCGUCUGGUCGGCCCUCGCUAUCAUGGGUGUGGUGAGCUUUGUGCUCUAG